UUCUUUCUCGCUCUCUCUCUACGCUCGCUCUCUCUCUCUCUCUCUUUGCGCUCUCUCUCUCUCUCUCUCUCUCGCUCACUCAGAGCUCCAACCUCGCCUUAGAUCUACGCCCUCUCUCCGCCCCGCAACCUCCUCCGCGGCGAAUUUAAGGCGAUGUGAAGUGGCGGGAUCGAGCUAGGGUUUUCGCCGGAUGGAUCCGCCGUCACUGGUGCCGGAGAUGUGGCCGCCGCCGCAGCCGCAUCUGCCCUUGGCGGGGAUGCGCCUCGGCGGGAUCAUGAUCGGGAGAGUCGGGCCCUCCUCCUCGUCCGCCGCCGCCGCCGCCGCCGAGGCGUCGGCGGCGGCGGCGGCGGGGCCCCGGGACUUGUCGGUGGACGAGUCGAGCCUCACGGAGCAGAGCGGCGCCGCGGGCCGCGGGAGGAGGAGGCGGAGGGACACCGCGGCGUCGGAGGACGAGUCGUCGAAGCCCGUCUCUACGAGCAGCGGCAACGAAAUGACUGAUUCUGAAGUGAAACGUCUAAAGGUCAUGAAAUCUGGUGAUGAAAACAGUAAAGGUGAGGCUGCGCUGAAGAAGCCUACAGAUCAAAAUCCUCUACCACCUGAGCCUCCCAAGCAAGAUUAUAUCCACGUGAGAGCAAGAAGGGGUCAAGCAACCGACAGCCACAGUCUUGCAGAAAGAGCAAGAAGAGAUAAAAUAAGCGAGAGGAUGAAGAUUCUCCAAGAUCUGGUUCCUGGAUGCAAUAAGGUAAUUGGCAAAGCAUCGGUACUUGAUGAGAUUAUCAACUAUAUUCAGGCUUUACAGCGUCAAGUUGAGUUCUUAUCUAUGAAGCUUGAAGCAGUCAAUUCACGCAUGAACUCUGGCAUUGAAGGGUUCCCGCCUAAAGAUUAUCCUUCUCAGGCAUACGAUGCACCUACUGCCCUGGCAUUCAACCCGCAGACGCCAAGAGAGUAUGGGCAAGGCUCCGCUGCCGAAUGGCUUCACAUGCAAGUUGGCGGUGCUUUUGAAAGGGUGACAUAACAUAACUGCGUGCCAUUUCCUCAUUCGUGGGCGAUAGGAUUACCAGUUUAAUCCGAUCCUUCUUGUUGUAGGGUUUUUCGUUUCUAAAUCAGCUAGUUAUUGUUGCGUUCCAAAUGUGAUUUUGCGUCCAGUUUGGAGCUUAAUGUUGAUAAGGCAAUGCAUUUUAGGGAAGUAGCUUAGUGGACCCUUUUUCUUUUUUUUGAUGUCCUAUGUUGUGUUUCCACGGCUCAGUGUUAGAAAUUAGUAAAACUGUAAUAUUAGACUCUCUGACAUUAUCUAAAUAGAUUUAUUUAUGAGUAAAAUGAACUUAUUACUGUUGCUGUUGGCUAGAAAAAGGACCAAAAUUAGUUAA